AUGACACAUUAUACACCCUAUCUCUGUUAUUUGCCUCCAUCUCUUCAUCAACAACUACUUGAUUCAUUGAAAGUUGAUAAUCACCAAAAGAAUGAUUUAAAUUUAACAAAUAUACAAGCAAGUGAAAUAUGUAUUGAAGAUGAUGUUAUGAUUAAUAAUGCUGAUAUAUUUAUUGAAGAUGAUGAUGAUAAUCUUAAUGAAGAUUCUUCUGAUGAAAAUCAGGUGAUGAAUAUAAACGAUGCAGGUGAGCAUGAAGAAGGUAAUCCAAUGUCCAGAUAUUCACGUGCAACUUAG